UCAAUGUAAUCAGAGGUCAAACAUUACCCCAUAUUUUAAGAAAUAUUUUAAGUAAGAUGUGUGUGCAAACGUGUAUGUUCCCACUGUUGUAUCGGUGUUCCAGUGUGUCUAAGUUCUUGUUUUGUCUAUGUGUAUCCAUGAUGUGCACAUAUCGAAAGGAAUUUACACUAGUAUGGUUCCUGUUCUAAGAUGGGGCUAAAAAAAUCUGAAUUGAGUACUAUUUCUUUGCAAAACUGAGCAUAGUUGACACUAUGAUUCUGAGAUAAUAGGUAACUGCUCUUUCAGUAGUUUAGUUAGUAUAGGAUCUAGCAAAAAUGUUGCUUGCUCUGAUGCUUUCAGAUUGGUUUGGAUGUCUGUUGCUUUGUACCAUUAAGCUGGUGUUAAUUUGUAUUUGUCUUUUUCACUUUAGACAUGAUAGCACUGAAAGAGGAGAGUCAAGAAAUGAAUGAAGCAGAAGAGAAAGAUCGGUGUAAGAAACUUGAUUUCAUGACUGAAAAGACUUCAUCAGGAAACAGAGCUCAAGAAUGUCUUAACACUCACUUGAGAGUUCAUGUUGGAGAGAAGCCGUUCACAUGUAGUCAGUGUGGAAAGAAUUUCAGAAGUAAAGUAAACCUUUUUCAGCACAUGAGCAUUCACUCAAGAGAGAACAUAUGUUAUCAGUGCGAAAGGAGUUUCACAGACAAGAAACAGCUUAAGAAUCAUGUGAAGAUUCACUUCGGAGAAAAACCUUAUAUGUGCCAUUACUGUGGAAAGAGUUGCGUAAACAAAACGGUCCUCAUGGUUCACUUGAGAGUUCACACUGGAGAGAAGCCUUUCACCUGCCCUCAGUGUGAUAAGAGAUUCACUCAAAAACAAAACAUUAAAGCCCACAUGAGAGUUCACACUGCAGAGAGAUUUUUCACUUGUGCUCAGUGCGGAAAGAGUUUUGCUGAAAAACAAAACAUGAAAGUCCACAUGAGAGUUCACACUGGAGAAAGACCUUUCGCUUGCACUCAGUGUGGACACAGUUUUACAUGUAAUCAAAGCCUUAAAGACAGUGUUCCUCAGUGUAGAAAGAGGGGGUCAUAAGAUAAAGCGGUUUCAGAAAUAAUGUCUAGAAGAACAACUCAACCACUGGCAGAGCCAGAAGGAUGUCCAAGGUGGCAGUGAACCCCAUGCUACCCACAUUGACAUCUCAUUUCACCUCUUGUUGAAAUAGCAUUUUUUUUUAUCCCAGGGUGGAAAUCCCAUAAGCAAUUUUACUUGAUCAAUCAGAAUCAGAAGGAGCUUUAUUGCCAGCUAUGUUUAUACAUAUGAGGAAUUUGUUUUAUUGACAGAAGCUCCACAGUUCGACAGAAUGACAGUGACAUGA